GUCAGUCGUCAGUCGCUAUCCGUCUCCCUCUACGCUCGUUUCGUUUCGUUUUUGGGGCCGUUUUGGGGAAGUCGGGUUUGGAAAAAACGCAGAUAAAAGUACAUUCUGGGAACGCUAACAACCGUGGAGCGGCAAUCCGAGUGCGGCGUUAAACACUCCUCACCUCACACUGACCACAUAAACCAGCUUACUCAGCAGCGGAAGUGAGUUGCAGUAAACCGUCCGUAGAACUUCAAUCACCAGUUGCCAUCUCUGGAGAAAAAGCGCAUCUCCGCAUCUAAACCGAAGUAAGCGAUAAUGGCAACCACACCACGCAGCGGCGGUGUCGGAGGCGCUGGAACGGCGACGCGUCCCAAUGGCACAUCGCAGAAUAAAAGUUGCCAAUUUAAGCUGGUGCUUCUGGGCGAAUCCGCUGUGGGCAAGUCAUCCCUGGUGCUGCGCUUCGUCAAGGGACAGUUCCAUGAGUACCAGGAGAGUACGAUAGGUGCGGCCUUCCUGACACAGACCAUUUGCAUAGAGGAUACCGUGGUGAAGUUCGAGAUCUGGGAUACGGCUGGCCAAGAGCGAUACCACAGCUUAGCUCCCAUGUAUUAUCGGGGAGCGCAGGCUGCCAUCGUUGUCUAUGACAUACAAAAUCAGGACAGUUUUCAGCGUGCAAAGACUUGGGUCAAGGAACUGCAUAAACAAGCCUCACCAAACAUUGUCAUUGCGUUGGCCGGUAACAAAGCGGAUCUGUCAAACAUUCGAGUGGUAGAGUUCGAUGAAGCGAAGCAGUAUGCCGAGGAAAACGGAUUGCUCUUCAUGGAAACGUCCGCGAAGACGGGAAUGAAUGUCAAUGACAUCUUCUUGGCCAUCGCCAAGAAACUACCUAAGAACGAUGGCGCCAACAAUCAAGGAACCAGCAUAAGGCCGAAUGGAAAUGAAACAAAUCGGCCGACGAACAACUGCUGCAAGUGAUGUCCCUUUGUAGAAAAUGAAAUUUCCAACGAGAGAUUUGAAAAGUUUAUGCUGAUAAUUAUAAAUAAAAAAAUUAUUUAAAAAUUUAACAGAAAGAAAAGAAAUACCUACAGCCGGCUCUCUCCCAAGGGGCAAGCAAUUUAAUUUUCACAAUUAAUUGAUUGGAUUGAGAGCCACAGAAAAAAAAAUGUUAUACAGAAAGGCAUUAUAAUAAUUAUAAAUUAAAUAUGAAGGAUCCUCUCCAGAUUGAUGAAAGUUAGUUACAUAUUUCCACACCUCGACUUUCCCCAAUUAGACUCGAUAUCUGUCCAUCAAACUGACAAGCCCCGGUAAUUGAGCUAAACUAUCAGUAACAAUAACAAUAAUAAUAAUAAUACAAACAUAAAACAUUUUCAAUAACAAUUCAGUAAUAAUAAAUCUUGAAGAGAAAGCGCGAAGAAGGAGGAGGUUUUUGCAAAGUUCGUCGUGUCGUAGAAAGUUUCAAAUUGUAUUGUAAAAAUCCAAACAAAAACCAACAGAAAAGAUAAGUGAGCAAAGAAUAUUUGUAAAGUUUACAUUUCGUGUAAGUUUCUGAGCGAAUUAUUUAAGAGAGAGGGAAGAUGAUUCCAGUUGCAGUUGUUCUCAGCAGCGUUCCAAAUAAAAUUACAAAAAAGAAAAAGAAAAAAAAACCAACACCACAAAGAGCAGAUAAGUUCGGGCCCAGCGGAAGAAGCUAAAGAUCCUCGCUCGCCUCGGUCUGUGGCAAUGUGUGUGUCUCUCCGGCUCUAAAGCGCGGUGGACACGUGUGAUAGUUGCAAUUUAUAUAAAUUAUAUAUACACAUAUGAAAAUGAAAAAGAAAAGAAAAAAACAACCACAAAAACAACAAAUUAUGCAUAACUUUUAGUUUUUUUUUCUAUUAUUAUUUCUCGUCUAUUGCGUUUAAAUAUUUUUCCACAUUCUAGCAACAAUCGAAGAUUUACUGCUACUAUAUUUAAAAAUAAAUGAGAAAAAAAAAAAACAAAAACAAAACUAUCGUAAAAUCAUAAAAAUUACACUUACAUUAAUUGUAUGCAAUUAAGUAAUGAGAAGAAGGAAGUAAAGUGAAGUCUUAAACAUAAUAAACCCUGAAAUACUUUACCAUAAAUGCAAAAAGAGAAAACAAACGUAAAUAAACGAAACGAACAACCACAAAAAUACCAUAAGCUUCUUGUUUAAAUAUUGUUCCACAAAACACCGAUGAUUUUUGAAAGCAAUUAUAUUGAUCAACUCUAAGGAAACCGAUCAAAUCCGGAUGCUUCUUAUUUAUUUCCAAUUUAUACAUUUUGUGUUGUCUGUAUGUAAUUUAAAUUUAACGGUUAUAAAUUAUAAUAAACGAAAACAUCGUAUAUACUUAUAUAUAUGCAUAUAUGUAUAUGAAACCGUAUAUAUAUAUAUAUAUAAAGUCAUUCGAUUUGAAUCGAGA